AGGCUGCCAGUUCAAGGCCCAGCCCUCAGGCUCUAAUCCAAAUCUGGGGUUUAUUAGGGCCUUUUGAGACUUUAGUGAAAAUUAAAGAUCCCUCUCCAGAAAAACACGCUGACACCUGGUUUAGAAUGGGGUGGAGAAUCCCAUUCUUAAGCUGUGGGAGUGGGCUGUAUACCGCAGGGCUCCGGGGCCCCCCGGAGCCUCUGUCUCUCUCUCCCCGGGGUGGGGCUGAGGAGGCGGUGCUGCGGGCCUCCUUAUCUCCAGAGCCAGCCUUGGCUCCCUGGCGCGGGGCCCCUCAGUCCGGGCUUUUUGCCAUGGGGUCUCUGCUCCUCCUCUUGUUGCUGCUUUUGCUGUCGCCCUCCUACCCGCGAGGCGGGAGCGCGCGGAGGCGCCGGGGUGCGCGGACGCAAGGCCCGGGAGGCCCCUCUCCCGCGCCCCCGGAGACCUCAGCACCCUUCUGGGUGCGCAUAAGCCCCGGGUUCAAGGCCGUGCCGCCGGGGGGCUCAGUGUGGCUCAACUGCAGCAGCAGCUGCCCCCUACCGGAGGGUUCCAGCCUCCGCACCGAGCUGCGGCGAGGCGACACGCUCAGUGGGCCCGGUUGGGUAUCCUACCAGCUGCUGGAUGUGAGGGCCUGGAGCUCCGAUGUGCACUGCUUCGUCACCUGCGCGGGAGAAACGCGGGGGGCCACCGCCAGGAUUACCGCCUACAAACAGCCAAGCAGCGUGAUCCUGGAGUCUCCGGUCUUAAUGGGCAGUGAGUACACUCUGCGCUGCCAUGUGACGCACGUGUUCCCCGUGGGCUUCCUGGUGGUGGCUCUGAGGCGCGGUGGCCGGGUCAUCUACUCCGAGAGCCUGGAGCGCUUCACCGGCCGGGAUCUGGCCAACGUGACGCUGACUUACGCGUUACGCGCCAGGCCCGGUGACUUCGGGCAGCCCGUUACCUGCCACGCCCGACUCAAUCUCGAUGGCCUGGUGGUCCUCAGUAGCUCGGCACCCGUGACGCUGCCAGUCCUCGCUUGGAGCCCUGCGUCCAAAGCCCUGGCCUCCACCUCCAUCGCAGCCCUUGUGGGGAUCCUUCUUGUAGUGGGGGCCCUCUGCCUGAGAAAGUACCUAUCGAUGAAGUCUCGGUCAUAGAGGCAGUGGUCCAUGCUGGCUGAGUUGGAGGAAAAAGGAAUCUGGAACAUUUGGGGGAACCUUGCCUGGAUCAAUAAAGCCUUCCUCAGCCAGCUUCUGCCCCUGGGCAUAAAGGUCCCCCAUUA